AUGAGCACUCGCAGUGGUGUGAAUGUGUUGAUGUUGGUGCUCAUGCUCCGCCAAGCGUUACCUGUUCAAUCAUCAGAAGAGGCUGUUGUGAUUCGUCCUUCACCUAUAAAUAAGCCGGUGAGUUCAUGGAAUGUUGUGGAUGUUGAGUACUGGAUGAAUAACACAUUAGGAUAUCCAGAGUACAGCGGGUAUAUCCGUAAACAUCUCAUAGACGGCCCUACUCUGCUGGAAUUGACGCCGGCGGAUUUCGAAGAGCACUUUCCCAUAGAGAAUUCAAUUCAUGUCGUUAAGUUUUCAGCGCAUUUGAAACUUCUUAAGGGUUCAUGCAUGUGCGGAGAGGGGGUAUCAACAUCAGCAGAGUUUUGGUCAUACUUCAAACAGGAACCAUUUCGUGUCUUCGUGAUAGGAUCUACAACUCUUGUUUUCCCUCGCAUUUCGAUGCUGUAUAUCUGUUUGUUCGACAACGAACUUUACGACAUGCUCAUCGGAGUUAGUGCCUCGCAGUCAGAGGUACUGACUGCUAAUAUGAAGGAACAUAAGGAGGCCUUUGAAACCGCUCGCACUAUUCCGUUCCUUCACAAAGUGCUUUACCUAAUCUCCAUGAUUGCUGCACCUAGUCUAUUUAUGGCGUUCCAAGCGGUUCGUAUGCUGACGACUAAUUACUUUGUCAUGUCGCUUAUCAUUACGCAUUUCCUUCUUUCGGCAUACGAUGAGUACGUAUUUGUUUCCCUCGCGUACGCGGGGGUUGCACUUCUGCCGGGUUCCACUCUUUUUAGCAAGAUUCGAAAUAUGGUUUCAUUUACGAUUUUCAUCCCCCCUGCCUUCCUAGCAUUGUAUUACAUCCUACCACACUACCUGCAGGUCUUUGUUGUGUGUCUGGUAUUGCUUUACAUCCUGUUCAUGUUCUUCUGUAUUAUUGUUGUACGUUUCGGCAGGGACCCUGCUGGAACCGCGUCGGGCACAAGACGUGGGGAGGGACGGCCGAGUGAUAAAAGUGGCUGA